AUGAUUGGUGCCGACACUACGUCCUCCCGCACGGAUGUGACCACCUCGCCCGAGGCAAGUCCUGUCCGCCCGGAGAGCCCCUCGCUUUCGUCGCCGGCGGCCUGCUCGUCGCCUCCGUACAACAACGCCGAGGCCACCGCACCUGCGGCGGAGGAGAGCUCGCGCUCGGCGGUGGUGGCUGCUCCCGUUGAUGACGACGAUCCAGCCGACGGCCCCUCGUCCUGCGACGGCCGGCCGAGUGCUCCCACCCCUACCGCAGCUCCUGAGGGAACAGGGGAACACAACAUCAGCAACUCUCCACUGCCGCUCGCGGCUGCCGAGGACGCCCAAGCCUGCCUGCCUCCAGCGGUGCAGCCAAAAAAUGCCGCAAGAAGGAGACGCCGCUUCCGACGGUUCGUCGACUUCGAGCCGCACACCUCACCCGUUGACGGCGGUGUCGCUCAUGAUACAACGUCACGGUUCUCUACCGGCCCAUCGAGCGCAAAGCGACUUUCCUGGCCCUCUCGCGGGACAGUAUCGCCGCUCAGCUGUGCUCUGUGCCAGGCGUGA